AUGUCGUCUUUUUUCAGGUUCCUCAAAGAUUUUCCUGCCACACAGACCAACUACUGUGAGAAGUUUUCAUCGGACGCCGCACGAUGGAACUUGUACCCAAACCUCAAUUAUUCAGCUUUAUACUAUGCCAUAGUCAAUCUUCUAGACGUUUUUCCGUUAAUUACCAUUCAGCCACAAGCAAUAGGAGAAGCAAUUCUAGACACAAUAAAAGCACUGAUGAUUUUUCUGGAAAGAGACUCACUGGAACAACUUCCACUCUUGUUGGCAAGUCAACUUGGUGUCUUUCCCAGAGAGUUAGAUAAGCAGAUUGUUCACCUCCUAGCUGAUUGUGUUUUCCCUUUUGCCAUCAACGAGGAGACAUAUGUGAAGCUAAGCGUGCCUGGAGUACUAAUGCUAGUUCUACAGCAGACACAUGACCCUAGCCUCCACACGUGGAUCGUCGAAGCGGCCAUGAACAGUUCGCAAGGUGUCUAUCAGGACCUUCUACAAGUGAUUGCAAAAGGGACGUGUGAAAGUAGAGUGGCAGCUGCAAACCUGCUUUUUCACUAUUGGCCAUUUCCGAAUCCACAGAUUUUGCAUAGGAAAACGAUACAGUACCGCGUACAUGCCUGGCGAACGAUCCAAUGCCAAUCUGCCGGUUGCUCAGACAAGUCGCCUAGUGUAAAACGAUGCUAUGACCCAGUGAUAUGUGCCGAUGUAGCAGACACCUCUCCACCGAUUUUUCUCUGUCGAAAAUGCGCGGAACAAGUGACUGGAGAGCGAAAAGUCGUCACUCAACACAUUGCUCAACCCAUGCCAGCAUCAAAUGCUACGUGUCAAAGGGUAGAAUGUCAGUCACAAUCCAGACUAGCUGUGACAAUAUGCUGCUCUCAUGAGUGUACCAGAGGACACAAUCAUGUGCCAAUGAGGUUGUGUAUGGAUUGCAGUACUUUGGUACACGAAGAGGGAACGAUAAAACAUUUGCAACAUCAGGGAAGUGGAGUUGUAUGGUCGACUGAUGAUCAAUGGCCGACGGUUGAGAGUAUUGUGAAGUUGUUAAGGGAAACGACAAUGUUUGAAGGGAGUGAGGGAGAGGGGAAGAAACCGAAAUGGUUGAGGCAGUUGGAUGGAGGAACGUCCAUGGGCAAGGAGAUCGACAAAAUGGCUGACGAACGUCGAAUGCUUAGUCGUUUCGGCGUUUGGCUAAUGGCUGGUCUCUGCCCACCAAACGAAUCAGCCGAUCCCCGUGCAAUCGGCUACAUAAUGCAGAACGUCUUCGAAUGGUUCGCAACAACAGCUCUUCUUCCAUCCGACUCAAUGGGUGCAUCUCUAGAACAACUGAAAACCGACUUUGUCUCCGAUUGGAUCAACAUUGGAAUGCGUGUCCAUAACCAAGUGUUCAUCUCAAGUCUCUGUGGUGAAUGCGAGGAGCAUGACGGACGGCCUGUGAUAGAUCGAAUCAAAGAAGGUCUGGGACGUCUUCUGGCCCUCAUGCCUUAUGACGUCGUUAGUGUGGAGACGUGGUCCCGAGUGAUGCCUCGUUGGUUGGAAGCGAUUGUCAAUGAUUGUACAGAAGACAACCAGCCAGAGUUGAAGGUUCUGCUUUGCAAGAUUUUCGAGCCAGAUUUAUGUCCUUUACCUUUUGAAACAGCCGAGGUUUAUGGAUUUAUGACUGAUAGAAUCGGAGGAGAUGAUUAUGAGGAAAUGUUCAACGCGCUGCAAUGGUUACAUCAACUCUCCCGUCUGGACAUCACUAUCCCCCUACCCAUGAUCCUUGACAACUUCAAUCGGUGUCUACAGAAACUUCGCUCUAUUGAAAUCCCGCCCCUUUCUGAAAACGACCUGGAGGAGGAGGAGAUGUCUGUACACGUGGUUCUCGUGGACACACUGGUGCUUCAGAUGAAACUGAACGAUGCGGAGAGGACAAUGACUCCGGUAUUGAUCGACAAACUUUUUGAGUGUAUGCAAUUGUUGGUGUCCAUACCGAUAAGGGCGGUACCGCACUCUUGUCACGAUCCAGAGCUGGAUGGAUUUGCAGAUUGUCAGCAGUGUCAACAAACGGCGUUUGUGCAGCAAAUGGUCAUGAAUAUCACACAAAAAGUUUGUCCGAAGCGAGAAGUUGCGAUUAUUACCACCGUCGACGAGGACGCUAUCUAUGACGAUCAAACAUCAGACACCCCCACGGCGCCCGGAAGUUCUAUGCUUUCUCCUCUAACCGAAACUGGAAGCAAAGGAACAUCUCCAGGAACCUCAGCCCCUUCAAAACCAUUCCCCGACAAUCUCCAAACCCAAACAAUGUGCGUCGCCCAAGCCUGUGAACAAGAGGAAGAAGUCGAGGAGUGCGAAUUCGUGGGAAUCCUUCCAUGCGAGGAAAUGGAGGUGGCUAUGGCCGAGGCAGUAACCCAUGAUAACGUUUUGGAAACUGGCCAAGUGGUGACAAGUACUACAGUACACCCUAGCAUCAAGGGGCAAAUUGUGCAGACUCCGCAGACUCCUGUUCAGAAACAACCACCUAGUGAUUUCUGGAUUACUAGUGUAGGGCGAUUCCGAUUUAGUUUUGAGCAACUCCCACCGCAACUCAAAAUGAUUCACUCUCUAUUAGCCUGCCUAGAUGUAGCUGUGGAGCCUGACGUCGAGUUUUUUGUAAUGUCAUCCAUCAAAUAUCUCUGCCUCCAUUGUGAAGCGCUAAGCAACGCUAGACGUGAGCAUCGUGGAUUUCUGAUAUGGACGCAGGAGAAUCAAAUGGUUCCGAAGCUUUGGGAGCGGCUACGGUCAGACUACAUACAAGUUGGCGAGCUGGCUACGCAUCUCUUGCUUCAUGCAAUGACACUACCGCAAGGAGAGGAAAUGUUCUGGAAAAUGGUCCAUCGAGAUUUUACGUCUCCACAGUGGAAUGUGAGAUUUGAUGCUGUCGGGAAGGCAUAUGUGCUGGCACAAAUGAUCAAAACGGCGCCUGUAAAGGCGAAUAAAGUGGUGCAGACGUGUUUGGCGUCGGUUUUCUAUCAUUUUAUCGCUUCGCUACACGAUCCGAAUCCAUCAGUGGCUCAAAGAGCAAUCAUUGCGUUGAGGGCGAUGCCAAGUCAUACAUUGAAACUUAUCUGUAUGUGCUUCGAAUCCCAAUUCGAUCAUUGCAUUGUGGACCGCCCACUGAUCAUCCAUGCAAUCACUAUGAUGUCAAUCCUCCUACCUGACCAGACAACACUGACUUUUGACUUUUUCAUUCAACGAUUUGAGACCCUCGUGUUGGAAAGUCAGUUGUCCAGUCAGACCGAGGAGAACAUUUUUGUGCAAGGUAAAACAUGUUUCUUAUUUGAGGAUUCAACUUUUUGUUCAGAUCUUAUGCACACCGACCCAAUGUCCGAACUAUACCAACGGAAAGUUUCAAAAGCUAGAACUGCAAUUGAAAACGCCGCCACCGCUAGAUCCAUAGUCCGUCAUUUAAAACAGUACGAUGGGAUGAAACAUCAGUUGGCACAUCUACCAUCGGAUCCAGGUACGCUAGUAGCUUACUAA